CGAAGCCAGUCGCGGAUAUAAAAAAGGCAGAAAGGGAAACGGGCAAGAGAGAGAAAGAGAGGACUCGGCGGCUGGACUUAAGGAGAAGGAACGAAACGGAGAUAGGGAGGAGUACGGGAGCCGCCGCCGGAGAGCUGGAAAUUUCCGGUGGACGCCCGGAUCUCGUGGUCUCGAAGCUACUUCGCUUGUGGAGCUCGGCGAGGGCAAUAUGUCUUACUUGAGCAGAGAACUGAUUUUCCUGAUACUGCAAUUCCUGGAUGAGGAAAAAUUCAAGGACGCAGUUCAUAAGUUGGAACAAGAGUCGGGAUUUUACUUUAAUAUGAAACACUUCGAGGAUCUAAUUCAGGAAGGGGAAUGGGAUGAGGUUGAGAAGUAUCUUAGUGGCUUCACUAAGGUCGAGGACAAUCGUUACUCUAUGAAAAUAUUCUUUGAAAUUAGGAAACAGAAAUAUCUGGAAGCACUUGACAGCCAAGACAGAGCCAAGGGUGUGGAGCUACUGGUUAAGGAUCUUAAGGUGUUUGCUUCUUUCAAUGAGGAGCUUUACAAGGAGAUCACUCAACUUAUUACCUUGGACAAUUUCAGGCAAAACGAGCAACUUUCCAAGUAUGGGGACACAAAAUCAGCACGGAACAUAAUGCUUAUGGAACUUAAGAAGCUUAUUGAAGCCAAUCCUUUAUUUCGUGAUAAGCUAACAUUUCCUCCUUUUAAAACUUCACGCCUGCGAACUUUAAUAAACCAAAGCUUAAAUUGGCAACAUCAACUUUGCAAGAAUCCACGCUCCAACCCUGAUAUCAAAACACUCUUUACCGAUCACUCUUGUGCCAUUCCUGCUAAUGGCGCACGUGGACCACCAACAAAUGGGCCGCUUGUGGGGUCUAUUCCUAAAUCUGGAGCAUUUCCUCAACUUGUUGCUCAUAGUCCAUUCCAGCCAGUUGUCUCUCCACCUGCAAGUGCCAUUGCAGGAUGGAUGACAAAUGCCAACCCAUCAUUUCCACAUGCUGCUGUGGCACAAGGCCCUCCAGGUCUGAUUCAGCCUCAAAGCACAGCUGCAUUCUUGAAGCACCCAAGGACACCUGCAAGUGCCCCUACUGUGGAUUACCAAACUGCUGAUUCUGAACACUUGGUGAAGAGACUACGAACUGGACAAUCAGAUGAGGUAUCAUUUCCUAGUGUAAGUCAUCAGCCCAACGUUUACUCUCAAGAUGAUAUUCCAAAGACUCUAGUGCGGACUAUUAAUCAGAGUUCCAGUGUCCAAAGCCUGGAUUUCCAUCCAAUCCAACAUACAAUUCUUCUGGUUGGAACAAAUGUUGGUGAUAUUGCCAUAUGGGAGGUUGGAUCUAAAGAAAGGCUAGCACACAAAACCUUCAAGGUUUGGGAUAUUAGCUCUUGUUCUUUGCCAUUGCAGGCAGCUCUCAUGAAAGAUACUACUGUAUCUGUUAAUCGAUGCUUAUGGAGUGCUGACGGUUCUAUUCUUGGUGUUGCAUUUUCAAAGCAUAUUGUUCAGACUUAUGGUUUUACCUUAAAUGGAGAGUUGAGGCAACAAUUAGAGAUUGAUGCACAUGCUGGUGGAGUUAAUGAUAUUGCCUUCUCCAAUCCAAAUAAGAGUCUAUCUAUAAUCACAUGUGGUGAUGACAAGACAAUUAGAGUAUGGGAUGCUGCAACUGGGCAGAAGCAGUACACGUUUGAGGGCCAUGAAGCUCCUGUAUAUUCUGUGUGCCCUCAUUAUAAGGAGUCUAUUCAGUUUAUCUUCUCAACUGCAAUUGAUGGAAAAAUCAAAGCAUGGUUGUACGAUUGUUUGGGAUCCAGAGUUGACUAUGAUGCCCCUGGAAAAUGGUGCACAACAAUGUCUUACAGUUCAGAUGGGACUAGGCUUUUCUCCUGCGGAACUAGUAAAGAGGGUGACUCUCAUCUCGUAGAGUGGAAUGAAACUGAAGGAGCUAUUAAGAGGGCAUACUCUGGUUUUAGAAAACACUCAUUAGGAGUUGUCCAGUUUGACACUACUAGAAACCGAUUCUUGGCAGCUGGAGAUGAAUUUAUGAUAAAGUUUUGGGAUAUGGAUAAUACUACUAUUCUAACUACUACAGAUGCAGAUGGUGGAUUGCCUGCAAGUCCACGCCUAAGAUUCAACCGUGAUGGCUCAUUGCUUGCAGUGACAACAACUGACAAUGGAAUCAAGAUCUUAGUUAAUACUGAUGGCCAAAGGUUGGUAAGGAUGUUUGAGAGUAGGGGAUUUGAAGGGUCUCGAGGUCCUCAACAGAUAAGUGCUAAUGUGAAGCCGCCACUUAUUAAUGCAUUAGGGGCUGUCCCGAAUGUUUCUAGCCCCAUUGUACUUACUGCUGAGCGACCUGAUCGACUCAUACCUGCUGUAUCAAUGAGUAGCUUGGCAGUUGUAGACAGUAACAGGAACGUUGAUGUUAAGCCAAGAAUUCUAGAGGAUACUGAAAAGACCAAAGGUUGGAAGUUAGUUGACAUUCUUGACUCUGCACACCUUAAAGCCUUGCGAUUGCCAGAUACAUUCACAGCAAGCAAGGUGGUGCGUCUGUUAUAUACAAACUCCGGGCUAGCUAUACUAGCUCUUGGCUCCAAUGCUGUUCAUAAGCUAUGGAAAUGGCCACGUAAUGAGCGGAAUCCAUCUGUCAAAUCAAAUGCAACAACUGUCCCUCAGUUGUGGCAGCCAUCAAAUGGUGCUCUUAUGACAAAUGAAACAACUGAUGCCAAUCCAGAAGAAGUGACAGCAUGUAUUGCUUUGUCCAAGAAUGAUUCCUAUGUAAUGUCUGCAUCUGGUGGCAAAGUUUCCUUGUUCAACAUGAUGACCUUUAAGGUAAUGACAACUUUUAUGGCACCACCACCUGCUGCUACCUUUCUGGCAUUUCAUCCUCAAGACAACAACUUUAUUGCUAUUGGAAUGGACGAUUCCAGUAUUUUAAUAUAUAAUGUUCGAGUUGACGAGGUGAAAACCAAGCUCAAGUGUCACCAAAAAAAGAUUACAGGCCUUGCAUUUUCACAGUCAUUGAAUGUCCUUGUGUCGUCAGGUGCCGAUGCCCAGCUAUGCAUGUGGACUAUCGAUGGGUGGGAGAAGAAGAAGUCUAGAUAUAUCCAGGUGUCAGCCUCCCGUGCAGCCCCAUUAGUCGGGGACACUAAAGUUCAAUUUCAUAAUGACCAGGCACAUCUCUUGGUUGUCCAUGAAAGUCAAUUAGCUAUCUAUGACAGCAAGCUUGAGUGUUCGCGCUCAUGGUGUCCUAGAGACAUGCUCUCGGCACCAAUUUCACAUGCAAUCUACUCUUGUGACGGCUUGUCAGUAUAUGCCGGCUUCUCCGAUGGUGCCAUUGGAGUCUUCGAAGCAGACAGCUUGAGGCUUCGAUGCCGGAUCGCACCAUCUGCUUAUUUACCAGCAUCCAUUCAAAGUGCUGGGUCUACUCAUCCUGUGGUGAUUGCUGCUCACCCGACCGAAUCCAACCAGAUUGCACUUGGUAUGAGUGACGGUGCCGUCUAUGUUCUGGAGCCAUCAGACAUGGAUCCAAAGUGGGGAUCAGCCCCGCCCCAGGAAAAUGGCUCUCAUCCUUUGACCUCAAAUCCGGUCUCCAACAAUAACCAGACGCCCGAGCAACCCCCUCAGAGGUGACGACUUCGACUUGGCUUUCUAUAAACAGAUUAGAUAUUUUGUGUUAACUGACUUCAAAAGGAUGAGUAACUUUUGAAUACAACCUUUGUCCUGCUCAUGUUUCUUUUUUUUUUUUUAUGGCAACAUGUCUCUCAUUGUAAAGCUCGUAAUCUUAAUCUUUGUGAUGCAUAGAAAUGUUUGUAAAUGAUGCUGAUGCAAUUAAUUGUGCUAGAAUUCCUUGCCUUCUCUAUCU